GGGUUUUUUGAAGAUAUGUUUGAUAUUUCUUUCACCUCCACCGCUUCUUCGUCGUCGUCGAUCAAAAAAAAUGCCAACACAGCAGUUCAAAUAAAAACUAAUAGAAAAACUGAAACAGAUGAAAACGUGCAAGUUUUGCUCCAGAUUCUAGAUGGUACAUCAACCAUUAUUGGCAGUGGUCAUAUUAUUAGGAACAUUACAACAUGGUGUGAACCACAACUAUCACAACCAUUGUCUUCGUCUAAUUAUUGUGUCAAUCGCCAAGUUUCUGACUAUCCAUAUGAAAAUGAAGGGCAUCCAAAAAAAAUUACAUUGUAUCCAAAAGAACCGCUAAUUCAAAGAUAUGAAUUGUUGAAAUGUCACCUAUUUCAACUGUUAAACAACAACAGCAAAAUGGUCGAUCGAUAA